GUAAUAUUUCAAUUUUUAUUAAUUUUUUCGUAUUGAAGUGUGUUGGAUCUUAUGUUUUUUUUUCUAAUUUGAAAGGGGUUGGUUUUGAAUCUUUUGAUUGUGUUAACAUGAAGUUGCAAGAGGUGGACAUAGUGCAUUAGUUAUAGUUUUUUUUUCAUAUUAGUAACUUUGGUUCAAACUCUGUAUAUUUUGUUAUAACUAAAUUAGAAUUUUCAAGUCAUAAAGUUCAAAUCUUGGAUCCGAUAACUAAAUUAGAAUCUUGAACUCGUAAAGUUUAAAUCUUGGAUCCGACGCUUGUGAAGUAGGAUGUUGUUUACUUACUUAUAUGGUAUUUGUUUAGUAUGAAUUAUAUCAUGAAGCAGUAGUGUAUAUGGUCUUACUGUCUGAAAUUCUGUUUGAUUUAGAUCAAGAACUGAAAAUUCAAUUGUUGGUUUUGGAAUUUGAGGCUUCUUUUGAUUCGGGGGGUCUGUCAGAAACAGUCUUUCUACGUCCUAAUCGUCUUAGCGCCCACUUGUGAGAUUAUGUUGGGUAUGUUGUUGUUGUUGGAAUUUGAAAAUUGAAUUUUGGGGUUCUUUCUCUUUCCCUUCAUUUAUGUUUUUUUGUUGUGUCUUUAAAGAUUUGAUUUUUGUUGAAAGAAAGUGACUUCAAUUGUGAAGUUUUCUUUUAUAAUUGGAUUUUAGGCUUGUAUGAUUUGUCUUCUGACCUUAUGUUGCUCGAAUUUUUCAAAAACGUUGACAGUUGUGUGUCGGAUCCUUUAUAAGCAGCAAUUUUGGAGAGUCCGAGCAAUAUAGCUUCCAAAUUGUUGAUUGAUGAGUAUUUAUCUAUUGUUUUGGUUUUAGAUAUUGUUGGUAUAUGGAGUCUGAAAAUGGAGUUCCAGUAGAGGUGGAAAAGAUUGUUGUGGCUGAGGAAGAAAAUGUGAAUUUAAAGAACAUUAGUGAGAAGGCGGAUGAGACGCCAAAUUCAUCUGUAGCCAAAGAAGAAUUGUCUGUUGAGGAUGUUCCGAAAAGUAGAGCAUCGAAUCAACAUAAGGUAUCAGUUGGUGGUACUAAAAAGAACAACAAAAUGGCCAAGGAUCAAGCAAAUUCAACAGGCACGUCUUCAUUGACUCGUUCGAAAAAGGGAAGUAUGGCGAAAAGUCUUUCAUUCCCUACAAGAGGCGCCAAUGCAGACAUGACAAGGAAGAGCAUUGAUGCUUGUACAAAGAAAUCGGAUUUUAAACCUUGGAUACCAAAUGGGGUGACACAUGAGGCUUCACAUUCGAAUGGAACAGUCUCGUCAGCUUCUCGUUUAAAUCCGUCUACUAAGAGUACAUCUGCUGGAGUUGUGAAGAGUUCAAGUCCAAAUGGAAGUGCUACAACAAGCAGAAGGACAACUACAGGAUCUAUCCCGAGCCUUCGUCAAUCGCUGUCCGGGAAGUCUGCUUCAGCCGGUAGAAUUGCAAAGAAAGCGACUUCUGAACAAUUAAACGAUGAAAAGAUUACACCUACUAAAGCUACGUCACCUCUUAAAGACGAUGAUGAUGCUCGUUCUGCUACUUCCUCCAAUGCAACUCGUACCAGUGCUGGAUUUUCCUUCAGAUUGGAAGAACGUGCUGAAAAGCGAAAGGAGUUCUUGGCAAAGGUGGAAGAGAGGAUACAGGCCCGAGAAGAGGAAAAGAGUAACUUGCUAGCAAAAUCAAAGGAAAACCAAGAGGCAGAGGUAAAGCAGUUUAGGAAGAGCUUGACAUUUAAAGCUACACCGAUGCCUUGCUUCUACAAGGAGCCCCCUCCUACAGUUGAACUGAAGAAGAUACCAACAACACGCGCCAUAUCUCCUAAGCUUGGAAGAACUAAGAACUCCACAUCCAUGACUAAUAGCUCCGAAAGUGGAGGAUCAUGUUUCAGUCCAAAAGUGAUCAAGGAACAACGUAAGUCACUCGUAUCCAAUAAAGAUAACGUUGCAUCAAAAGGGAAGCCAGUUAAGACUUCACAGACAACAGCUCAAUCUCCAAAAACCUCGAUCACUAAAGCGAAACCUGCUGAAACGAAAUCCAGACUUGCUGAAGCAGCAAAGGUUUCGGAUGAGAAAACAGAACGAAAUGAAAUCCAACCUGAGUCUGAAAUGAAUCGUGUAGAAGACAAUGUGGCACGUCCAUCAAAUCCAAUCGUUGUGCAAGCUGAAGUCAGCGUUGAAGGUUAAUGAACUUACUGAACUUGUCUUUUUUUCUGUAUUUAUUAUUUAUAGGCCUUUUUUCGUUCUGUGAAAGCGUUUUUGCUGCUUUGUUGAGUUGUGAAUAUGUUGUGUAUGUUGCUGUUAUGUUACAAGUUGUACAUGUUGGUUAUUCUCAGUUUCUUCAUUCUUUUCGAACAUCUCAGUACCAUCGUGUAAUCAUUCUCGAAAAACAUCUUCAUUGUUCUCAAGUCAGAUUCAACAUUCUGAUUUUCUUCAAAUGUAUCAUUCUGAACUUGUAUUCUGGUUUUGCUGAGUUCAUAUACCUACUUCCACA